AGAGAGAUGACUUGUGCGGGAUCCCGCGGCGACGACAACAUGAAAGUUUCAGAAUCGCACGGCAAGGAAUCGAAGGAGAAGAAGCCGAAAACGAAGAAACCCAAGUUGCAAUCGAAAAACGGCAUCAGGGUUUCGGAGAAAUCGAAAAGGAAGAAGAAGCGCAAGUCGCUGAAAACAGAAACUAGGGUUUCAAAAAUUGAAACAGAGGAGGAGAAAAUGGAGAGGAAGCGCAAGAGAAGGAUCGCUAUAUUGAAGGAGAGAGAAGUGAUCGCGGGAGGCACCGCAGUCGUAUUUGACAGAGAUGAUCCAGACACAUGUAUUCUUGGAGGGUAUCUCAGAAAACUUGUCAACCUAGCAAUCAAUUUCUAUAACGAAAAAAACAGCACAAAUUACCAUUUGGUGCACAUGAUCAAAGCAAUCCAGUCUCUAUGCCAGGGUUCGGUUUUCAGUAUGACAUUUACCGUGAAGCGUCCCGACGAAGAUGAUUCCGAUGCCAUAACUUUAGAUGCAGAGGUUUAUAGGGGAAUCCCAGAUACCGUAGUACACUUUGUUCGUGUGCUCGAUGAUGCACCUUCACUUUCAUCUCUUACUACUUAGGUAAUUCCAGGUUUCGGAGAAGAUAGAGCUAUAUAGUUAUCGAAUUGUGUUCAUAUUAAGAUCAACAUUGAUAGUUGUUAUGUUGAUGGAAUUUACUAGAACUAAUAUAUUAUUCCAUAAUAACAAUGGAAUAAUAAUAAUAAUAACAAAUAUUGAAUGCGAAGGUGGAAAAUGUUAUUUUUGAAGUCUAUUGCCUCA